CCAAUUCCUCCUAUUUCAUCUCACUAUCUUCCAUUCCUUAUACAACAAAACACUUGUUUUUUUUUUGUCUUUCCUUGCACAUAAAUAAUAAAGGAUGAUGAAUGUUUUGGCUAUUUCUCUUGUAUUAUCCACACUGGUUACAGCUGGAUUUCUCACUCCCAAUAAAAAAGAAGAUGUUGUUUUAGUUGUUGAAUUUGAUCAAAAUGAAGGUACCAAAGUUUUAAUCUCCCCACAACAAGCUCAAAUUCCAAAUCAGAAUUCAAAAUCAAGUUAUGUUUCUGAUUUGAAAGAUAAAUUAUAUGAAAAAGCAGAGGAAGCAACCUCUGUUCUUCCAAAUAUAGGUCAAGGGAUUUCCAGUCCUUAUGUGAAUCAACAUCAACAAAAUAGUGCUAAAGAUGUUGUUUGUGAUGCAUUUGGUAAGUGUAAAGAGAAAAUUACUACUGUUUUUGGUAAAACCAAAGAUAAGGUUGAAGAAGGUGUUACCGAAGCUUCAGAGAAAGUUAAAGAAAAAGCGAAGGAUGUAGUUGAUAAAACGAAGAGUAAAAAGGAUGAAGUGGAACAAAAGGUGGAGCAAGUAAAAGGAGAAAUAUCUGAGAAAGCAGAAGAAGGGAAAAAGGAUUUGAAAGAUAUUAUCGUGCGAGGACGUGAUGUAUUUACUUAUAUAUUCUCCUUAGGGAAUUUGCGUCAUGUGAUGCGUUUGAUGCAUUUGUUGGGGUUUGCUGUGGCUUAUGGGAUGUGCAUUUGGGUUACAUUUGUUUCGAGUUAUGUGUUGGCUAGAGCAUUGCCAAGGCAGCAAUUUGCAGUUGUUCAAAGUAAGAUUUACCCUGUUUACUUUAAAGCAAUGGCUUAUUGCGUUGGCCCGGCGUUCAUCGGUCAUUUUUUAAGCCAAAAACGUUGGUUUUACGCUAACUUGGGUGAAGCGGUUCAAGGUUUUAAUCUUCUAGCUUCAAUCUCCAUGCUUUUGGUUAAUUUGCUAUACUUGGAGCCUCGCGCAACGAAGGUUAUGUUUGAGAGAUUGAAGUUGGAGAAGGAAGAAGGUAGAGGUAGACACAUAUUCAACGUCGAACCAAGCAGUACUAGAGGAGUGGAGUCGGUAUUGGAUCCAACAAAGACGACAACAACUAAACCAGCAGAAAAAUCUCCAGAGCAGUCCGCAGCAGAGGUAGUGAAGCCCCAAGUGGUGAAAUUGAGCCAGAAGCUUAAGAAGUUAAACUCGUAUUCAUCUUUUCUUAAUGUGCUCACACUUAUGGCUCUUACACACCAUCUUGUUCACCUUACUCAGCUACUCAAUGCCGCCACCUGAAUCCGGUGAUCGAUCACCUACCUACUCUAUACUCUGUUAUCUUUUGUUAUUUUGGUUGAGGUGAUUGCCACUCUGUAGAUCCAUCAGCUAAGCUAGACCUCUUCUAAUCUCGUCCUCUCAACUUUUGUCUAACUGUACUCCUAUUUGGCUUCCCUCUAUUUCGUCAAGUAUACUAAGCUAGUUUUGAUCAUAGAUUUUCAUAUAUUUUCCCCAAAUGUUAUUUGGGGGGAAAUUUCAUCAUGUUUGGUCACUAUAUUUGGAAAUAU